AUGCGCCAUUCGAAGGCCUCCGCCAUUUCAGUUGGGCUUUUCCUAGGAAUGGCAUCAAAGUGUUUGGCAGAUACUACAGCAUAUCAACCAUGCCCUUUACUUCGGGCUUACUACCUUUCGCCGUCUAUUGACAAAACUUCCGACGCGGUCAAGUCAUUCACUAAUGAGUUUGCCUCACUCUUCGACAAACUCAUUGACGCAGGUGGAUCAGACGACUUUGGCAAGAUCACACCAAACACUACCUCUUUCUCAGUGGUCUUCUUCUCUGGCUCUGAAAGUCUCGAAGCGGAUCCAGUAUUCUUCGAAUAUCAUCACACCGCCUCGGAGGCCCCGAAAGACUCUAACCUCAACUCCGACACCGCUUUCCCCCUUGGCACCCUCAGUCAGCUUUUCACGGUUUACGCGUGGCUUAUUGAGAUUGGCGAUGGACAUUGGGGCACAUCAAUUACGCAAUUUCUGCCAGAACUCAAGAGUGCCGUAUCAACAGGUUUCUCGGUGAACUGGGAGGAAAUUACCAUCGGAUCUUUGGCAGGUCACAUGUCCGGGCUUGCGCGGGAGUCCUUCGCUUGCAGAAUCAGUGAAACUUGCAGUCGAGCAGACUUCAUUGAGAAGUUUGCGACGCAGUCUCCGCUAUUUCUACCCGACACCACUCCUGUCAUUUCCAAUGCUGCUUUCCAAAUACUUGCCCUGGCAUUGGAAUCUCAUCGCAGCAGCAACGGAAAUGCCACAUUUGGCGAGAUUAUCAGCACUUGCAUGUUCGAGCCUCUCAACAUGACAAAUUCCAGAAUGUUAUCUUCAAUCAUGAAUGAGGAAAUCUUCGCCCAGGCGUUGAAUAUUUCUGCUGUUGGUGAACCUGGAGCCCUUUCUGUAGUCUCAACGGCUUCUGACUUGGCCCGCGCCGGACAUGCCAUGCUUAGCUCUCGCCUUGUGUCAAAAGCCGUAACCCGUCGAUGGCUUCAGCCCGUUGCUGAUACGUCCAAUCUACGCAACAGUGUUGGGCGUCCUUGGGAGAUCUAUCAUGCUGGUCAAUACGCCAACAGUUCGAUACUAGACGUCUACACCAAGUCGGGCUUGAUCGGCCACUAUGCCAGUUAUUUUGGUCUUGCUCCGGACUUUAAUGUCGGCUUCGCCAUCCUCGCGCAUGACACCGAAGCCGCUCACGGCCCAGACUUGAACGUCUAUGCCGAUAUCGCUUCCCUCGCCAUCGUGCAACUACAGAAGCUCGCUGCGGCUGAGAUGAAGGCACGGUAUGUUGGCAUGUUCGAAGGUCCGGCUGGGUCUGCGACGUUCAACGUCUCAAAAGAUGGACCUGGCCUUGUUGUUACUUCCUUGAAGCAGGGAGAAGUUGAUCUUCGAAAUGAGAUUGCCAUUGCGGCGGGUAUCAAGACUGACGAUCUUGACUUUCGUUUAUAUCCUAGUAACAUCGCGACGGAGACUCAGCAACAGUUCAUCGCGGUCUUCCAAGAUAAGAGCGCCCCGGUUGACAUGGGCACACCGACUUGCAUCACUUGGCAGGACGUUGGCGCCUUGGGAUCUGGUGUUGAUAUUCGAGUUUUGUUCAGUAUGGACGGCUCGGGGCGUGCCUCAAACGUCACAUUGGCCAGCGGCUCUCUGACUUUGUCAAGAUCCGAGUAA